AUGUCAGCAUCAGAAAAUUCUCAAACAAACUAUUCUGAUAUACCAUUUGGCUUUCAAGCAAGAAUUCGCUUUCAAGCUACAAGGCAGUUACAGCAAGUUAAAAGGGAUGCAAAUAUUGCCCAUCUCAGACGUCAACAGUUUGAGUCGGAAAGAUAUGGAAAUAUUUGGAAUAAACCACCACCUGAUUUUAGUUAUCCACUUUAUGCUUCAAAAUCUUUCAGGAACACGAGCAAGUCGAAUAGAAAAGAUAGUCCGAAACAAUCUUCUAGUAGUACGUUUGUCAAAAAGCAUCUAGAUGAUCAUUUACCAACAGUAGUAAAAACUGGUCGCAAAGAACCAAGAUUUGUUAUAUCACAUCAUCUUUCAAGCUCAUUUCAAGCUAAGAUCGACCAUGCUCGACGAGAGUAUCCAAAUCAUCCAGAAUUUACCGAUCCAAAGCCUCAUGAAUUUAGGAAGUUGGCAGAUAUAAAAAAACUUGGUUUAAAUCGAUUCGCGACGGCGUAUGAACAUGAUCCCGGUGGUCUCCACAUAAAAUCAGAAGGCGUCUAUAAAUUAUAUGAAGAUUACGAUAAUAGUAGACCAGCAAAGACUUCGAGAACAUUUGAUAGUUCAAAAAAUUUCUGUUUCACAUUCCCAAACCGAACCAAGUGGGAUCCUAAGCUAAUUUUAAAACAAGAUCCAUAUUAUCCGAGCUUUUCCGCUCAUGGUGCUUUCCUUGAUCGAGUGGCAAGACGAUUAAAUACAAACUGA